CAACUGGAUUGGAAAAUUUUCAUUAGCUGAGAAUCUAGUCUACUUCUUAGAAUUUUAAACCUGAUCUUCAAAAUUUCUUCAUCUCAUCGAAAUUUAAAAGAAGCAACAGGUCAUACUUCACACAAUUUUCCUUAGUUACAAAGCAAAAUGACAUCAAGAUCAAAAGAAAAAGUUGCUGCUGCAUUUCGCAAAUUAUUUCGUUCAUCAGAUAAAAUUGGCGAAGCGGGUAGCAAUAAUACAAGUAAUAAUAAUAAUAAUAAUGGUAAUGCACAACAGGCAGUAGGAUCUCCUGGCCGAAGGCAUUUAUUACGUGGAUAUCGUGAUGCUGUUUCCCCUGCUGAUGGAUCAGCUUCUUUACCUUCAAGUCCAGCAAAUCCUGCCGCAACAUCAAUAUUUAAAAAAAACACAACAAGUCGUUCUGUUGAACGUGAUAGCACUAGUACCGGUAGUCAAUCAGCAGGUGCUGCUGCCGCGCAAAAGACUGUCAGAGCACGUAGAUUAAUGAAAGAAUUACGUGAAAUUCAACGUAUACAAUCAUCUAGACCUGAUCCUGUGUUCACUGUAGAACUAGUUAAUGAUAACUUGUUUGAAUGGCAUGUACGAUUACAUCGAAUAGAUCCAGAAAGUGAAUUAGCAAAUGAUAUGCGAGAAAUGAGUAUUCCACAUAUAUUAUUACAUUUAAUAUUCCCAGAAAAUUUCCCAUUUGCUCCACCAUUUAUGCGUGUGAUAUCACCACGUAUUGAGAAAGGUUUUGUUAUGGAAGGUGGUGCUAUAUGUAUGGAAUUAUUAACACCACGUGGCUGGGCAAGUGCGUAUACUGUUGAAGCAGUAUUAAUGCAAUUUGCUGCUAGUAUUGUAAAAGGACAAGGUCGUAUUGCACGUAAAGUGAAAGGUUCCAAAGAUUUUAGUCGACGUUCCGCCGAAGAAAGUUUUAGAUCACUUGUUAAGACACAUGAAAAAUAUGGUUGGGUAACACCAGCAUUAUCUGAUGGUUAAAUUAAUUUUUAUAAAAUUGUCCACUUAUUAUUUUAUUAUUAAAUUUUACAUAGAGCAAUCUUUUCUUCAAGGAAAGAUAAUUACAAACUGUCUCAAAUAUCAAACGCAUUUCAAAGUUGAUAUUUUGACUUUUUAGAACGCUUAGCGUUUCUAAAAUGAAUUAAUUCAUUUCCCUUUUAGGCUAUCAUAUACCCGCAUAUUUUAUUUCGAAGAAUACUAUCUAUCCAUCAUCUAUCUAAUGGUCAAUUAAUUUUAACUGUAAAUACAAUUUUAAUUUAUAAGUUAAUCAUUAUUUGAGACAUUUUGUAUUAAAAUAUUCUAUGUGUAUGAUCUCAUUUUAAUCUGAUAAUUACUCAAAUUUUACACCUAAACAAGAUUAAUUACAAUUUUUUUAAUGUAA